UUGAAUAAAAUCUCUUAAAAAGAGAGAUCUUUUUCUAUCUAUUUUUGCUAGUAAGGCAAACAAGCUUUGGCCUAUUUAGAAUGGAGAAGGCUUUUAUAUGGUUGUGUAGAAUGCUGUAUGUUUUAGUGGCUUGGAGUGGGGUGGUUGUUAAUGGAGAGAAAAACAUACUUUUUGUGUUUGGGGACUCAGUUAUUGACAGUGGCACCAACAAUUACAUACAAACUACUAAGGCACAUCAAGCUAAUUAUGUUCCUUAUGGCAUAGACAUGCGCCCAGGCGCGAGUGGCCGUUUUUCCAAUGGCUUUGUCAUGACAGACUACAUAGCAAAAAAAGCGAAGAUCCCGUUGAUCAGGCCUUACCUUGAACCGCAUGCGGAUCAUUCAUAUGGAGCCAACUUUGCCUCUGGAGGAGCGGGAGUUCUCAAUGAAACUAACCUAGGGGAGGUUGUGAGCAUGUAUAUGCAAAUCGAGCAAUUCAAGGCAUUCAAAAAGAACUUCACAGCAAACUUGGAUCAAUCAGAAGCUCAUGAGUUAAUUAAAAAUGCUGUUUAUUUCAUAAGCGUGGGAAUUAACGAUUACAAGGUGUUUAUCAACAACUAUUCAGCAUUAAUAGCAGACUAUAAUCCGGCUACUUAUGUUCGAGCUGUAGUUGGCAAUUUAACGUUCGAGAUUAUGGACCUAUAUGACCUUGGCGCCAGAAAAUUUGUCGUAACAAUGCCAAAGAAUAUUGGAUGUAGUCCUGCUAUGAGAGCUCUUCAUGGAGGCAACUGCCUUCCUCUGGGCACUGAGCUUUCUGAAGCUAACAACUACUUGACAGAGGCAUCCUUGACUGUGUUAGAAGAAUCAUCAUUCCAUAUUAAAUUCAUCUUCUUCGACCAAAUAGUGUUUAUGAAACCCAGGACCACAAACCCACAAAGUUAUGGAUUCAAACAUGGAAGUAAAGCUUGUUGUGGAUCCGGUUCAUUUAGGGGUUCAUUUACUUGUGGAGAAAAGGUUUGUGGCCAAAAAUUCAGCCUAUGCUACAAUCGCUCUGCUUAUAUCUAUUUUGAUGCUUACCAUUGCACACAAGAUUUAAAUAUCCAAGCAGCCAAUGCAUUAUGGGAAUACAAUGAACCUGCUGUGAAGCCAUUUCCUCUCGGGGACUUCUUUAAUGUGAUCAAUGAGAAAAAGGGGGAGGAGAACAGAGCUUCAAUUCCUCUCCUCAAAGAACACUUGAACUCCAAGAUCUCACAAAUGGUUCAAAAGAUGGAAAAGGAAGGAAAAUUUGGCUCCAUGGUGGGUCGUGCCUCCUCUAGAAAAGAUUUCGUGGUGGAACAGGCUUGAGCACAGCCUAUCUGGCAAAGAACAAAAAGUAGAUGGCAUCCAAGGUUGGAGUUUGGUAUCCUAUCCUAAAAAUAAAGUCAGCCGGCCUUCUACUUCCCUCUCACUUUCUACAAUAGGGUCUCAUGCCUCUGUUUGGUUUGUGCCUGUUUGCUAUAAGUACGAUGUUGGUUUUUUAUCAUAAAAAAUCAGGUCCUCGUGGACUUUACUUGCCAUAUUUGUUAUUUCUAUCAUCAAUGGAUUGACAUGGUUUCCAUGA